AUGGCAAGGUUAAUGAUUGACGUUGCAUUUCUCGAGAGUGGCCAAUCAACACUACCCAAUCCUUUAAUAGUCGCUCUGUCGAUGCCCAAGUGGCAAAUAUUCAAAUCCCAAUCUCAAUCUCAAUCUGUCACAUCUGGGCUCGGACUCUUGUCUCAGCAACCAUCGCCUCGGUAUCGGACCGCAUGCCACACACUUUUCACUAGUUCUGCAGGGACAUUCAAGGGUACAUGCGUAGUCGUUAUUGCCGAAUCCCCUGUCUGGGUAUGCACCGCUUCAAAUGACACGCAAUCGCUUCCUCAGGCCCUUCAAUUUGCUUCUCUUUGUGCCAAGAUUAUUCAUCUUGAGUACAUGUCGUGA